AUGAAGUUGACAAGUGCACUCUGUGCAUUGGUCCUCGCUGCUACCGUCAGCUCUAGCGCCAUCCUGUGGCCUGCGGCUGAGGCAAGAUGUGGUCACGUCGGUCAACCAUGCGGCAAAGUUCGCAGAGCCCCUCUUCCAGAACCAGAACCACGAUGCGGACACCCAGGUCAACCCUGCGGAAAGCGCGACGCCAUUCCAGAGCCAGCUCCCGAGCCUGUUCCCGAGCCAAGAUGUGGACAUCCCGGACAACCGUGUGGAAAACGUGAUGCCAUCCCGGAGCCAGCUCCUGAAGCUCGAUGCGGACACCCCGGACAACCUUGUGGGAAGCGUGAUGCUAUUCCCGAGCCAGCUCCUGAGCCAGAGGCAAGAUGCGGUCACCCAGGCCAACCUUGUGGCAAGCGUGACGCAAUGCCAGAGCCUGCCCCAGAACCCGAGGCACGAUGUGGCCACCCAGGUCAGCCAUGCGGAAAGCGUGAUGCUAUUCCAGAGCCUGCUCCAGAGCCAGAGCCAGAGGCAAGAUGUGGUUUCGUAGGCCAGCCCUGUGGAAAGACCAAACGUGAGGCUGAAGUAGAGGCAUAA